AUGGGAUUAAAAUUGUAUACUCAUUUCGAACGUCAAGAUACAAUCGUACAUGACGAAAUACAAUUGUUUCAUGAGAAUAUAGAAAUUUUGUUGUACCUUAAAAUUAAAGAACAAAUAAUUCAUCAUCGUUGGCCAUUUUGUCCAAUUUAUUUAUUACAUAUUAAUACAUAUUGUCAUAUUGAUCAUUUUGCUAUACCAGCUGAAAUAGCUCUUGUUGAAACAACAUUUUGGCCACAAUUAUAUGGAAGUAAAAUAGAUGUACAAUCAAUGAAUAUAUCAAAAAAAAUUAAUGAACAUUAUGAACGUCAUUCAAAUUUAUAUAAACGUUUAUGUUUAAUUACGGAUGAUUUUCAUGAUUUUGUUCAUCCAGGUGAUCAAUUACCAACUGGUUAUCAAGCAGAUAUUCUUGAACAUUCAAGACGAACUCAUGGUUUACCAUGUACACCAUAUGAAAAAAUUGGUACACAAGAUUAUAAUCAAUUAUUAGAUGAUUUAAAUGAAAUGCUUCGUUCAUUAUGUGAUUUUCGUAAUAAAAUUCAUAAUGAAGCAAUGCCAAUGUUUUGUACAAUGGAAUCAUUUUGGUCAACAAAAGCUGCACUUGAUUGGCUUUAUGAUCAACCAUCAACACGAGAUCGAAUUGAUGAUUAUACAUUAUAUCCUAUUGAAUCAUUAAUUGCUGUUAUUUAUGAAAAUUUCUAUAAUCAAGUUCAAUUUAAAUGUGAUCUUGGUGUAUUAAUGGGCAAAACUCCACAACAACCUGUACUUAAUUCUCGUGCAUGUGAUUAUCAUGCUAUACUUGAGAAUAAAUAUUGUGCUAUGGCUCAUGUAAGUUGA